AUGGCUGGCCUCCCAAUUGUUCCCCGUCCUCGCCCAUGCCAUCGAUGGAUCGAUGUCCAGAGCGCUCUUUGCGUGAGCAUCUUCCACGUUUUGGGCAUCGGUGCGCUCUUCUUCGUCCCGGUCCGCUGGAAGACAUGCUUCCUUGUCGCUUUGGGUCACACGGCCAGCGGAGUGGCCGUGACAGCUGGAUACCAUCGUCUGUGGGGUCACCGAGCGUAUACUGCUUGCCGGCCGCUGAGAUACGCUCUCGCAUUCCUAGCCACCGCGGCCGUCCAGAAGGACAUCAUCUGGUGGGUGCGACACCACCGCGCCCACCACCGCUAUCUCGAUACCCCGCAAGAUCCCUACGACGCAUCCAAGGGAUUCUUCUGGUCCCACAUCGGCUGGGUCCUGACCGUGCAUGACCGCCCGAACUGGGGCUCCGUCGACAUUCGAGAUGUGAAAAGCGACCCCGUCGCCCGGUGGCAGCGCCGGUACUUUUUUCCCCUCGCCUUAUUUUGGGUCGUCGUGGCGGCCCCCGCUAUCGCCCACCUGGGGUGGAACGACUGGGCCGGCGGGCUGUUCUACGGGGGCUUCCUCCGGUGCGUCAUCACCUGGCACAGCACUUUCCUGACGAACUCGGCCACGCACUGGAUGGGCGACCAACCGUACUCGGACAGCAAUACCUCGCGGCAGCUGGUCAGCGUCGCCCUGGUGACCCUCGGCGAGGGCUACCAUAACUUCCACCACGAGUUCCCGUCCGACUACCGCAACGGACCCCGAGCGCACGACCUGGAUUUUAGCAAAUGGGUGAUCACCCUGUGGGAGCGGCUCGGCUGGGCGACGGCCCUCCACCGCACCAGCGCCCGGGAGAUUGACGCUUCCCGGGACCGGCAGACGCGCAAACGGCUCGGACUCCCGGCGAAGUAUCCAGCCCCGCCCCUGUCCAUCCUGUCCUGGGAACAGUACCGGGCGACGGUGCGGCAGGGCGCAUGUCUGGUGGCCAUCGCGGGGGUCCUCUACGACGUGGGCGAUUUCAUGGCGAGCCACCCCGGCGGCGAGACACUCCUGCGGCAGGCCGUGGGUACGGAUGCCACGGCCUCCUUCCACGGCGGGGUCUACCGCCAUUCCUCCCACGCCCACCAUCUCCUGCAGCGGAUGUCGGUAGCUGUGCUUCUGGGAGACGGCGAAGAGAAGCAGACGGAGGAGGAUUCGAUGGUGAAACCCACCUCUGGAAUGGGUAUCCGAUAG